AUGGCGGCGCGCGCAGCGGUGUGGCUGGCCAGCCUCGGCUGCGCGGUGCAGGUGAAGGCCGGGACCCAGGUGGACGGAAGCGGCACGACGAAUCCGUCCAAGUUCUUUUGGCAGCUCAUGGAGACGAUGGAGGCGCGCGCCAAGGAGGACAUCCGCCUGACAUACCGUGCCGUCGGCAGCAGCAACGGCCAGAGGGAGUUCAGCUCGGCUUCCGAAUCCGCGGCGGACAGCGGCGACUACUCGUCCUCCGUCAAUGACUUCGGCGCAGGUGACAUCCCGAUGACGCAGGAACGCUACGACGGAAUGCUCGACUCCGGCAGGGAGAUGCUCCACGUGCCAUUCUGCUUGGGGGCCAUCGGCGUAUUCCACAACGUCCCCGCAGCCGAAGUCGGCAACGACGGCCUCAAGCUGUCACCGUGCGUGCUCGCCAAGAUCUUCGACGGCGCGAUCACGACCUGGGACCACGCUGACAUUGCUGUGGACAACCCCAACCUGCAGGUGCCCGCGGGCAAGCAGAUCAAGGUCUGCCAUCGCUCAGAUGGCUCCAGCAGCACCACCGGCUUCACCGGCUAUCUGGAGAACAAGUGCUUGUCAGAUUGGCCCAGGGGGUCCGGCAGCACGAUCACGUGGAGCACGUCGAGCAACUUCCAGGACAACGAGGGCUCGCCAGGCGUGACCUGCCUUUGCACGGUGGCGGAUCUCUGA